AUGCCUAAGCAAAAUGCCGCCGCAGAACGCACCCCCAAGACCGAGCCUGUAUUCGAAAGCAAAGCGCCUGAACCCGGGACGGAUGAUGAACCACUCAGCUCUUCUGAUGAGGAUGAAUUGGCCGGGGACUCUGACGAACUUCCGUCACAUCGUGAUCGAUUCAAAGGGAAGACAUUAAUGGAGAAACUGGAAGCAUCCUCGUCCCCGCACCUUAUGAGAUCAGCCGGCGACGACGAUCAGGAAGAAAUAUUCUCGUCAUACCGAUCCUCACAGAAACGCUUCAAGAAGACGUAUCCGACGACCUCCUUCUCGAAAAUACCGAGCUCAAGCGCACGCUCUGCUGCUUCCCCGCCUGACGAUCAGCCUAAAGGAUCAAACACAUCUUUGAAGAAAUCAUCAAGUACCGAGGAAGAUGAUACAUCAGAACUGUCCGAGGCGUUAGAAAUGUCAGACCCAGAAGCCGAAUCCAAGCCGGCUUUGGAGAUAGAUCAACCGACCUCGGAUAACGACCAUGACGAGAAACUCCCUGGCUUUAUUGUACCUCCUCUAUACCCUGGCGACUCGAAAUCCUCAUUCGAGACAGCGCUCUCAAAAUAUAAUCAACCAUCUAGUCUAGAGCGCUCAGGCUCCAGCUCGCCACUCAGCUCUGUGCCUUCGGAUUUCAUGGACCUUCUCGGAGAAGAAACUGAUAAGAAACCCCCCAGACCGCGGCAGUGGUUAUGCCCAAUGUGCAAAGAGGAGGUUGAUCCAGAUCUACUCAUCCUCUUCGAGGCCCAGCCCAACCAGCGCGUCCGCGAGCAACAGCAAUUCUGCACAUCGCACAAGCAAAAUACUGCCAAAGCGGAAUGGCAGAAACACGGAUAUCCAGAGAUCAAGUGGGAAACCUUUGAUGAGCGUAUCAAGUCAUUUUUCCCACAGUUGGAAAAACUUCUGGCUCCGGGCCACCCAUCUUAUUACCAUAAUAUUCUGUCCACCAAUAUGAAAGAUGGCAAGGCGCAGAACUUCCGCCUUACAAUGGCGGGUGAUGGCAUUGAAACUAUUUCUUGCGGAUAUUACGGGACGAAAGGAGCCGCGAAGAUGCUACAAGCUGUCGUCGAACGCUUCUCGACAACUUUGCGUCGCUUAUCAGCAUCGGACAAUAUUAUCAAGACGGCGGGUGUAGCCGGCUACGCCCAGUCCGUACUUGUUCCCGAGCUCGCCAUGUCUCUUGUCAAAGAAGAUAUGGGUGUGGAUGAUGAUUCUGCACGCCAAAUUAUGAGGGAAAGCAUCGACCUCGGUCAAAAGCUCAAUCCGGCAUUGGAUGACGAGGUUCCUGUUCCGGCCGAAGACGAAGAAUUAUAA